AUGGCCGACCAUACAUUGGACAUCCCGGAGCUCCUCCAGUCCGCUUCAAUCAAGAGACACCCUGACCCGGCCCACGAUAUCAACCCGUCCACAGCGGCCUCGGAAAAGCAGCCCGUGGUCGCAGCCCCGGUAUCCGAUGCUGCCAGCAUCGCCUCCGACAUCGUCGAUCCCAGCCGGGUGAUUCGACCUGUGCGCCGGCGCCAGACACUCCCCCCUUUGCCAGACCUACGCUUCGAGCAAAGCUAUCUGGCCAGUAUCAGGGAUGCUGACACCUGGGGGCGAGUGGCGUGGAUUACCAUCAGAGACCAGGUACUCCUCCCUCUGAUCCAAGGCACAGUCUGGACACUAGCCCUCUCCGGUUGGCGCUUUUGGAACCGCAACGCCUCGCUCAGCGGUCACACACUUGGCAGCCGAAUCCGCAGGUGGUGGUACGAUGUGAACAACUGGAAAGUGCCACCGCUGGGUUGGACUAAAGAUCCGAAGGUGGCCGCGCAGGUCGAAGAUUUUUACGGGGCCGAGUUCUCUAACACGGGUGCGGACUAA